AUGCCAGUAGAUUGUGUCAUUAGCGCUUUGAGUUCUGACUCAGACUCAGUGAAAGAGCAAGUUGCUCCAAAGGAGCCGGUGCCCCGAGCGCAGAAGCGCAGAAGGUCAAAGGCAUCAGUUCCUCAAACCGAUGAUAGAGCCAGUGAGCAGUCUCUUCGUGCGCUGCUGGGGCGUGAAUGUAAGUGCAAGAGGAAGAACUGCUUGCAGCAGUUUGUUCCUGCGAAGGAUUUUCAGUCUUUGCUGGACUACCGUAAGCAUUGGUUUGACUUGCAUAAACUCGACCAAGACAGCUACGCUUUUGACCGAGUGAAGGACAUUUGCCGGCGUCACUGGGAAAGUCAAGAUGAGGGCCGGAUGCAUUGGGUCAUCCUGGAGAAGCGAGUGUGCCGCAGGGCUUGGAAGGCCUUGCAUGGGAUGGGACACCUGGCCUGUUCCUUUUUUUUCACCGCUGAAAAAGUUGUGCUAGUGGACAGAAGCAAGCGAUUGACAAGGCUGUACUCUGCUGUAGAGAAUGGUGCUGAGAGCGCACCUGUGGACCUGCGGUUCAUCACGAAACCGGAAUCAAGGACUGGUGCUGUGGCUGACUCUGUUCGGUCAGACGUGGUGAGUUAUCUCACCCACAUUUACGAAUCUGUUGCUGAGACCCUUCCUGACUUGAGAGACACAGCUUUUGAUGACAUCGAUCCUACGUCCAUUCCAUCAAUCAAGCCUGGGCCAGUUGAUGUGUACAGCAUCGAGUUGAAACGCCAGUGCGAACAGAAUUCUGUAGCAUGUGGUUUGAAAGCUUCGAAGCCACGGAAAAAACGGAAAGCUGUGGAGAUGAAUUUGGAACGGACCCAAGGUGAGACUGCCAAAGAGAUGAAAUUUCUCCCACCGGGGUUUAUGAAGGAGUAUUGGGUGCAGUACUGUGAAGUCAGUACUUUACAAACACCAGCCAGCUUUCCCACAUUUUGGCGAGUAUGGUUGAAAGAAUUUUACUUCUUGCAGUUCAGAAGUGACAGCCAGCAUGCCGUUUGCACCACAUGUGUGCGGCACCGUCAAAUGAUCCGCGGACUAGGAGCUCACUUGAGGGCCCGCAAAUCUCAAAUUGAGUUGUUUCACGAUCAUUUAAAGGCACAGUACAGUGACCGCAUCUUGUACUGGGAGAAACGUGCCAUGAGUCGUUUGAGAGGAAACAUUGUAUGCAUAAUUGCAGAUGGAAUGGAUCAAAUGAAAUUCUCACUCCCAAGAACACCAAUCACAAAGGGAAAGGAGUUCUCAAGCUUUCAAAAAGUGAAGUUGCACGUUUCAGCCGCCAUUUGCCAUGGACGUUUUGUCUUAUUCACAGUGGGCUUGCCCACAACCAAAAAAGAUGGAAACAUGUCAUGUGAACUUCUAGCUCAUUGCUUGACACUCCUAGAACGCCAAGGGCAAUGUUUGAGCACGACCCAGCUCUUUUUACAACACGACAAUACGUGUAGAGAAUUCAAGAACAACCACGGCGUGCGCUGGAUGAUCGGUCAAGUGUUUUCAAAAAACAUAGACCGCAUCCAAGCAAGUUACUUGAGAAGUGGUCACACUCAUGAAGAUGUUGAUCAGUGUUUCGGACAAUUAAGCAAGUACUUGCUGAAGUGCCGUGAUUUGCAAACUCCAGAUGAUGUCAAAACUGCCAUCACCGGUUUUCUUUCCCAGUGCAAAAUGCCGUUUGAAGGGGAGCGACACUGCGUGUUCCUCAAUGAGCCACGAGAUUGGUAUCUCGGCUGCGUGGGUGGUUUGCACUGGGGAUGA